GAAUAUCGCGGCUGGAGCGCUGGAGUUACUCGAGCACUCAGCGGCUACAGUCAUGGCUGAGCGCCGCGCCUUUGCCCAGAAAAUCAGCAGGACUGUAGCGGCUGAGGUCAGGAAGCAGAUUGCUGGUCAGUACGGAGGCUCACCUCAGCUUCUCAAAAACCUCAGUGUGGGUGGGAAUGCAACUAGCAAUGCUAUUCCUCUUACAGAGGCUGUAGAGCCAGUGGAUUUUGAAGAGUAUUUGAUCACACACCCUCCCCUUAUAGAGUCAGGACCUCUGAGAGAUCUGAUUGAGUUUCCUCCAGAUGACAUUGAAGUGCUUUACACACCAAGAGAGUGCCGUACUCUUGGCCAGGCUGUGCCUGAGGAGGGUGAGAAUGAUCCACAUGUCAGAGACUGCGUCCGGUCUUACACCGAGGACUGGGCCGUUGUUAACCGCAAGUACCACAAGUUGGGCACCGCAUUCAAUCCCAACACUUUGGAUAAGCAGAAGGAGAGGCAGAGAGGUUUACCCAAGCAGGUUUUUGAGUCUGAUGAGUUGCCAGAUCACAGCAGCUAUCAGGAUGAUCAGGAUGAUCUGAAGCGAAGGUCCAUGUCAAUAGAUGACACUCCACGUGGCAGCUGGGCUUGCAGUAUAUUUGACCUGAAGAACUCUCAGCCUGAUGCUCUGCUGCCUCAUCUUCUGGAUCGAGUACCCAACGAGGAAAUCGACCACCACAAUGAGGACCAGCGCAAGUCAAACCGUCAUCGAGAGCUCUUCGCACUGCAUCCUGCUUUGGAUGAGGAAGAACCCAUUGAGCGCCACUGUGUGCCUGAUGUUCCAAAAGAACAUUUUGGUCAAAGGCUUCUUGUCAAGUGCUUGUCCUUGAAGUUUGAGAUUGAAAUUGAGCCAAUAUUUGCAAGUUUGGCCUUAUAUGAUGUCAAAGAAAAGAAGAAGAUAUCGGAGAACUUUUACUUUGAUUUGAACUCUGAGCAAACGAAGGCCAUGCUGCGACCUCACAUCCCAUCUGCUGCUAUCUCCACCCUGGCCCGCUCUGCUGUCUUUUCUAUCACCUACCCUUCUCAAGACGUUUUCCUUGUUAUCAAGCUUGAGAAGGUGCUUCAGCAAGGAGACAUUGGAGAAUGUGCAGAGCCUUACAUGGUCUUUAAAGAAUCUGAUGCUGCCAAAAAUAAGGAAAAGCUUGAGAAGUUGCGCAGUCAGUCCGAACAGUUCUGCCAGCGACUAGGGCGUUAUCGGAUGCCCUUUGCCUGGACGGCCAUACACCUCAUGAACAUAGUGAACAGUGCCGGCAGCCUAGAGAGAGACACAGAGCUGGAGAUGGGGCUGUCAGAACGGAAAGGCUCUUGGUCCGAACGGAGGAACUCUAGUAUUGUGGGGCGUCGUUCGCUGGAGAGAACCACCAGCGGAGAUGAAUCAUGCAGUCUGACUAGCUUUAGACCAGCCACCCUGACGGUCACCAACUUCUUCAAACAGGAAGGAGAUCGACUAAGUGAUGAAGAUCUCUACAAGUUCCUAGCCGACAUGCGGCGCCCAUCCUCUGUGCUGCGUAGACUGAGGCCCAUUACAGCCCAGCUGAAGAUUGACAUCUCACCAGCCCCCGAGAACCCUCACUACUGCCUGACGCCUGAUCUGCUCCAAGUGAAGCCUUACCCAGACAGUCGAGUGCGGCCAACAAAAGAGAUCCUGGAGUUCCCUGCCAGGGACAUUUAUGUGCCCAACACCACUUACAGGAACCUGCUGCAUGUGAACCCACAGAGCCUGAACUUUGCUAACCGUCAAGGCUCAGCCCGUAACAUUACAGUGAAAGUACAGUUCAUGAAUGGGGAAGAUCCUAGCAAUGCUAUGCCUGUAAUCUUCGGGAAAUCCAGUUGUUCAGAGUAUUCAAAGGAGACAUAUACUGCUGUAGUCUAUCAUAAUCGAUCACCAGAUUUCCACGAUGAAGUUAAAAUCAAGCUACCAGCCUCGCUGACCGACCAUCAUCACAUCCUUUUUACUUUCUACCAUGUUAGCUGCCAACAGAAACAGAACACUCCACUGGAGACGCCUGUUGGAUACACGUGGAUUCCCAUGCUGCAAAAUGGACGCUUGAGAACAGGUCACUUCUGCCUUCCAGUAUCUCUGGAGAAACCGCCUCAGUCUUACUCUGUUCUCUCUCCUGAUGUUCCUCUUCCCGGAAUGAAAUGGGUGGAUAACCACAGAGGGGUGUUUAAUGUAGAGGUUGUGGCUGCAUCCGCCAUCCACACACAGGACCAGUAUUUAGAUAAGUUCUUUGCACUGGUGCAUGCGCUGGAUGAGCACAUGUUCCCUGUGAGGAUAGGAGACAUGCGCAUUAUGGAGAAUAAUCUGGAGGCAGAGCUGAAGUCUAGUAUAGCAGCUUUGAAUUCCUCUCAGCUGGAGCCUGUUGUGCGCUUCCUCCACCUACUGCUGGACAAACUGGUGUUGCUAAUGGUGCGGCCACCUGUCAUAGCCGGCCAGAUAGUGAAUCUUGGUCAGGCUUCUUUUGAAGUGAUGGCAUCCAUAGUGAACCGUCUACAUAAGUACUUGGACACUAGUCAAGAUAUGCAUGGGCGAAACAGCCUUCUCUCCUCAUAUAUCCACUAUGUCUUCCGCUUGCCCAACAUGGACCCCAACUCCCCAUCUCCAGGCCCUGGAGGAUUGGGCGGUUCAGUGCAUUAUGCCACCAUGGCCCGUUCUGCUGUUAGACCGGCAAGCCUCAACCUCAACCGCUCUCGUAGCCUUAGCAACAGCAACCCAGACAUCUCUGGCACUCCUACUUCCCCAGAUGAUGAAGUACGCUCCAUCAUUGGCAGCAAGGCCAUGGAGCGCAGUGGCAAUCGCAUGUCAUCGCACACUGAGAGCGCCAGUUUCUUGCAAACAUUAACAGGACGCUUGCCAACCAAAAAGCUCUUUCAUGAGGAGCUUGCCCUGCAGUGGGUGGUCAGCAGUGGCAGCGUGAGAGAGGGAGCCCUGCAACAGGCCUGGUUCUUCUUUGAGCUUAUGGUUAAGAGCAUCAUUCACCACUUGUACUUUACUGACCGCCUGCAGUCUCCCAGGAAGAACCGCUUCCCUGAGCGCUUCAUGGAUGAUAUCACCGCUCUGGUUAGCACCAUUGCAGGUGACAUCGUCUCACGUUUCCAGAAGGAUCUUGAAUUGGUGGAAAGGCUCAACACCAGCUUGGCCUUCUUCCUCAAUGACCUCCUGUCAGUCAUGGAUAGAGGCUUUGUCUUCUCUCUCAUCAAAACCUACUGGAAACAGGUGUCCACCAAGCUCUAUGCACUACAGAACCCCACUCUAGAGUCUCUGAGACUAGACUUCCUGAGGAUCGCCUGUAGCCAUGAACACUACGUCACUCUAAACCUGCCCUUCAGUCUACUUACACCCCCAGCCUCCCCCUCUCCUUCGGUCUCCUCUGCCACAUCUCAGAGUUCUGGUUUCUCUACCCAAGUGCAGGACCAAAAGAUUGCCAACAUGUUUGAGCUGUCUGUGCCCUUCAGAGAGCAGCAUUACCUUGCUGGUCUGGUUCUGACAGAGCUGGCUGUAAUACUCGACCCUGAGGCUGACGGGAUGUUUGGUCUUCAUAAGAAGGUCAUCAGCGUGGUUCAUAAUCUGCUGUCCAGUCAUGACUCAGACCCACGUUAUGCUGACCCUGAGGUCAAAGCUAGAGUUGCCCUGCUCUACCUACCACUCAUAGGCAUUGUGAUGGAAACCCUUCCCCAGCUCCAUGAUUUCACCGAAUCCCAUAAUCAGUGGGGUCGUCCUGGUGGUCCAGGUACCGAGGAGCAGGAAGCUGAGGGCAACAGUAUGAUUAGCCAGACUGUUGCCAUGGCAAUUGCAGGGACCUCUGUGCCACAGAUGUCACGGCCUAGUAGUUUUCUGCUCAAUCCACAGGCCACCCGUCAGCAUGGCUCGUUCUCAGCUGAGUCCAGUCGUAGUCUGCUCAUCUGUCUGCUGUGGGUGCUGAAGAAUGCAGAUGAGAUGGUGCUUCAGAAAUGGUUCACUGACCUGUCUGUCUCUCAGCUCAAUCGUCUGUUGGAUCUGCUCUACCUCUGUGUCUCCUGCUUCGAAUACAAGGGCAAAAAGGCAUUUGAACGUAUGAACAAGAGAAGUCCAUCAGGCAGUGCUUUUGGCAGCCAGGAGAACCUGCGCUGGAGAAAAGACAUGACUCAUUGGCGUCAGACCAGCGAAAAGAUGGACAAGACCAGGGCUGAGCUGGAGCAUGAAGCAAUUAUUGAUGGCAACCUGGCAACUGAAGCUAAUCUCAUCAUAUUGGAUACGCUAGAAAUAAUAGUUCAGACGGUGUCAGUGACGGAGUCCAAAGAAAGCAUUCUGGGAGGGGUUCUGAAGGUCCUGCUACACAGCAUGGCAUGUAAUCAAAGUGCCCUAUAUUUGCAACACUGCUUCGCUACACAGAGAGCUCUCGUGUCAAAGUUUCCAGAGCUGCUGUUUGAGGAGGAGACCGAGCAGUGUGCUGACCUGUGCCUGCGGCUCCUGAGGAAUUGUAGCAGUAGCAUCAGCACCAUCAGAGCCCACGCCAGCGCCUCCCUCUACCUCCUCAUGAGACAGAACUUUGAGAUUGGAAAUAACUUUGCACGAGUGAAAAUGCAGGUGACCAUGUCUCUUUCGUCUCUGGUGGGUACAUCCCAGAACUUCAAUGAGGAGUUUCUGCGGCGUUCACUCAAGACCAUCCUCACAUAUGCAGAAGAGGACCUAGAGCUCAGAGAAACCACCUUUCCUGACCAGGUUCAAGAUCUGGUGUUUAACCUUCACAUGAUUCUUUCGGACACAGUAAAAAUGAAGGAACAUCAAGAAGAUCCAGAGAUGCUAAUUGAUCUGAUGUACAGGAUUGCUAAGGGCUACCAGACAUCCCCAGAUCUACGACUGACCUGGCUGCAAAAUAUGGCCGGGAAGCACUCGGAGAGGAAUAAUCAUGCAGAGGCAGCCCAGUGCUUAGUACACAGCGCUGCCCUGGUGGCUGAGUACCUCAGCAUGCUGGAGGACCGCAAGUACCUGCCUGUGGGCUGUGUCACCUUUCAGAACAUUUCCUCUAAUGUGCUGGAAGAAUCUGCUGUGUCAGAUGACGUGGUGUCCCCAGACGAGGAGGGCAUCUGCUCUGGGAAGUACUUCACUGAGGCAGGCUUAGUUGGGUUGCUGGAACAGGCUGCAGCCUCCUUUUCUAUGGCUGGUUUGUAUGAAGCAGUGAACGAAGUCUACAAAGUGCUCAUUCCUGUUCACGAGGCCAACAGGGAUGCAAAGAAGCUAGCCACUAUUCAUGGUAAACUUCAGGAAGCCUUUGGCAAAAUUGUACACCAGAGCACAGGCUGGGAGCGGAUGUUUGGCACCUAUUUCAGAGUUGGAUUUUACGGUUCUAAAUUUGGUGACUUGGAUGAGCAGGAGUUUGUCUACAAAGAGCCAGCCAUCACCAAACUGGCAGAAAUCUCACAUCGGCUUGAGAGUUUCUAUGGUGAAAGGUUUGGUGAGGACCAAGUGGAAGUCAUUAAAGAUUCCAAUCCAGUCGACAAGUGUAAAUUGGACCCAAAUAAGGCCUUCAUUCAGAUCACAUAUGUUGAACCAUAUUUUGACACUUAUGAAAUGAAGGACCGCAUCACGUACUUCGACAAGAAUUACAACCUGCGCCGCUUCGUCUACUGCACGCCGUUCACACUCGAUGGAAGAGCUCACGGUGACCUGCAUGAACAGUUCAAACGAAAGACCAAUCUCACUACCUCCCACGCUUUCCCCUACAUCAAAACCCGCAUCAACAUCAUCCACAAAGAGGAGAUCAUCUCCACGCCAAUUGAAGUAGCCAUUGAGGAUAUGCAGAAGAAGACACAGGAGCUGGCUUUUGCAACUCAUCAGGACCCAUCUGAUGCCAAAAUGUUACAGAUGGUUCUGCAGGGGUCUGUUGGCACCACUGUUAACCAGGGCCCUCUCGAGGUGGCCCAGGUGUUUCUGUCUGAGAUCCCUAGCGAUCCUAAACUCUACAGGCACCAUAAUAAACUACGACUGUGCUUCAAAGACUUCACAAAGAGAUGUGAAGAUUCCCUUCGCAAAAAUAAGAGUCUGAUUGGUCCAGACCAGAAAGAGUAUCAGAGGGAGCUGGAGAGGAACUACCACAGAUUGAAAGAAGCUCUGCAGCCUCUCAUUAACAGGAAGAUCCCACAACUCUACAAACCUGUGUUACAGGUCAACUCACACAGAGACUCUUUUAGCAGAAUGAGCCUUCGCAAGCUAGACGUGUGAAGACAGAAGAAAUAAAAAGAACAAAUGCAGUUUUAUUUAUUUGUAUAUAUCAAUCCUCCUCACAAUAUCAGUGUUUCUGCCAUAAAGUAAAAAAAAAAAAA